AUGGACCUGCGGAUCCUGGAGCACCGCGUGCGGGUGCUGAGCCUGGCCCGCGGCGGCCUCUGGCUCUACACGCACCCGCUGCUCAAGAUGCUGCUCCUGCCCCAGCGCAGCAGGUGCAAAUUCUUCAGCUUGACAGAGACUCCCGAGGACUAUACGAUCAUGCUGGACGAAGAAGGUUUUAAAGAGCUGCCCCCCUCCGAGUUCCUGCAGGUGGUCGACUCCACGUGGCUGGUGCUGAACGUCUCGUCCAACGGCAGCUCCUCCGCCAGCCUGCAGCCCAUCGGCGUCACCAAGAUCGCCAAGUCCGUCAUCGCGCCACUGGCGGAACACAACGUCUCGGUGCUCAUGCUGUCCACCUACCAGACCGACUUCAUCCUGGUGCGGGAGAAGGACCUGCCUGUCGUCAUUCAUACCCUGGCAAGUGAGUUCGAUAUUUACAAGGAAGUGAACGGGGAGCCAGUCCCUGCAAACUGUGAAGAUGCGAGCAACGGGUUCCUUAGGCCAAAGCAAGGGGCGAAUGCCACCGUCCACCCCGUGCAGAGUCCCCAGAACCGCUUCUGCAUCAUGAGCAUCGUGCCUGACUCCUUGCCCGCGAUCGCCACGAUCCUCAUUGAUGUCCUUUUCUACUCGCACAGUCCGCCGAAGGAAAACACUCCAAAUGGACAAGAUCUCGACUCCAUUACUUUCUUUGCCUUUUCGCUGAUCGAGGGCUACAUCUCCAUUGUUAUGGAUGCUGAGACGAAGAAGAAGUUCCCCAGCGACCUGCUGCUGACCAGCUCCUCGGGAGAGCUCUGGAGGAUGGUGAGAAUAGGCGGGCAGCCCCUCGGCUUUGAUGAGUGUGGGAUUGUGGCUCAGAUCGCGGAACCUUUGGCCGACGCAGAUAUACCUGCUUACUAUAUCAGCACUUUCAAUUUUGACCAUGCCUUGGUCCCAGAGGAGGGCAUUGAUAACGUCACCGAGGUGCUCCAGAAACGCCAGGAGAGCGGGAGAUAGCCACUGGGCUGUGCCGACCGCAGUGCCUGUUUAGAGAGACGUGUGACCGGAUCCUGUCCCGGCGUGCCAGACACGGGCGCUCCUGGAACAAGGAGGAGGCCACCCUGCACCUUGCUCUGUGUGAAAAGGGCUGCAGGUUUUGCAGAGAGCAAGUGGCGCCUCUCCGGCCGGGGGAGCUGUUCUGGGCUCCCAAGAGGGAAGCUUUGGGUCAACUCCUCCCACCUGCUGAAUGGGAAAGCAGCCGCCGGAAUCCAGCAUUGCCAAAUCCGGGCCGGGCUUUUUCAGCCCCUUCGGUUGGGUCUUUCAUCCUAUGCGCAGCCUGAAUCCUGGGGAGGGAUUCAUGCUGAAGAUGCUUCGGCAGGGGAGAUGCUCCUUUUUAAAAUCCCCUUUGCCAUUCCUGAACAUGCCCAACUGGAAGUCGAGCCUGGAGUGCCUAUUUUGCUCCAUAAGGGUGACUUCUUCAGGGGUAGCUAAUUCGUUUGACAUGCAUAAAUGUCUUCUAGGGUAGACUUUUUUUUUCUUUUUAAAAGCUGGAGGCUAAGACUAGGAAACACUGGAACCGUUUGUUGUGGAAAGGGCUGGAUAAGACCUGGAAGUGAUUGGGUUUGGCUUCUGCCUCCACCAUUGGGGUUUUGCUUUAUAGAAUCUCGUCCCACAGCAGCUUAUCUGGUGCUUGGGGGAUGCUUGGACUCUUGUCCCAAAGUUGGGCCGUCCUGGAAUUGUGUCAUUCAUUAACAGUAUUAAGAGGGUGCAUUCAUGGGCAGAGGAUGUCCGUUGCUGCCUGUUUGAGGUGGAGUGGAGGGAAGGAACGUGGGCAGAAAAAUUCCUUCCUUUGCUCUUUUGUGGCCUUAACACUUUCAAGUGCCUUCUCAUGGUUUGACCUUACGCUUUUUUUAAAAAAACAUAAAAACCACACAACAAAUAUAA